GAAAAGAGGGUCUGUUUCGGAGAUUAUCGACGUUUUGCAUAUCGUGCAUUUCGUGUUGUUCAACAAGAAGUUUCUCAUAUUGUUGGGGAAUGUUUGCAGACUGGAUGCACCGCUCCUCACGUAGUGCACUAUCAUUAUUCUAGCCAUCCAUUUGCUACAGUGUUGAUAUAUUGUAGCAGUGGAGUCUAAUGUUGGGCUUUGCUCAGGCUCUGCUUGGCUGUGCAUGUGAGCACAGAUCAUCGAUGUCGGACAGCGAGCGCACGAGCGUUUGGAGUCUCCCCGGUUCUGACCAAACAUUGGGAAAACGGUUGCAAACUGUUUAAAUUGUCGUAUGUUCAGGACGAGACGCACGGGUCUGGUUCGGCGACUCUGGAGAAGCCGUUUGGUCACCGCAGGCAAAGAAGGGGGCGAUGGUGGUCCGGAUGACUGGAGUGACAGCAAUCCCGAGAAGAUCCCCAGAACGGAAUACGCACCGGGAAACAAUGCGGGCUCGUGCAGCAAACGCGUAGAGGAACGCGGGGAACCGGGGAUCCUUAUUGAUCAUGAUGGACCCCUCAACGAGGGGAGCGAGGGCAGGACGGUAACAUGCUGUUUGUUUAGAGACCUCCCCAGGGGCAAAAACAGACUUGCUUGUCGUCUAGAACAUAGGAACCACAACAACUACAGCAGUUUGAGUGGCAGGGAACGGAAAAAUGGUGCCGUGACCGAGCAAGAACUCAAGAAGUGCACUUAUGCGUUUCUCAAAAAGUUGAAAGAGAAGUCUCUGGAUGUUUUACUGGAAGCUGUGGAGUCUCAAGGCGGGAUGCCAAGUGGAUGUGUUCUGGUUUCACAGACUGAAGUGCGAAUUGGAGGUCAGCUGGUGUCUCCACAGUACCUGCUGUGUCGACUGUUCCGCUGGCCAGACCUGCGGCUCUCCUCUCUCCUCAAACCGCUCUGUCACUGUCAGAGCUUCAGGGCAGAGGACAGCCAGACCCUCUGCUGCAACCCCCAUCACUACAGCCGCAUCUGUGGACCAGUCGGGGAUGCCCUGCUGAAAAAAGCAGAACUUGUUUGCUGGUCUCAGUUGGUCU